AUGUACUACGUUAGUCUAAUCGUUUUUGUGACCGUCACAGUUCUGGGCAAAAGUGUUCAUGCUACCGAGAAGAUACCGUAUACUAUCGAACGCAUUCCUCCAAUUGAUGAAAGAAAUGACGUGGGCCCAGAGAUUUGUCGAGAAUGUAUCAAGGAAUCAGUUAGUGCGAUUAAUGUUUUACUGAAUCUGAUACUCGAUGAAGGUAUUAUUGGAAGUUGUGGUGAUCUCUGUGGUGCUUUGGCCAAUAAAACAAGCUCGAAAGGACUCGGUGAUGUUUGCCUAGUCGUAUGCAACGUUGUGGGUAUUGGUGAAUUCAUUAGAUUGCUUGAACAUACCGAUCUAGAUCCAAUUUGGUACUGUCAAAUUGCAGAUCUAUGCCCAAUUAAUGAUCAUGGUGAUGCUAAAUUUGUCUAUUUUCAUAUGAUUCCUUCAACAGGUCGCGUAGGAACAGAAUUCAUCAUUGAUUGCUCAUUUACAUCAAAGAAUGGCACAGGGCCAGGUAUGCUUAGCAUUACUAUUGUUACACCUCAAAAUCAAUCAGCAAGCAAUGAUUUUCUACUGGAUGCUAAGAAACCUGGUAUUUACGAUCAAAGAAUUGCAGUGAAAACUUUCGACAGAGAGUGUAGUUCUCCAACUGAUUCAUGCAAUGGUUUUCCCACUGGUACUUACAAUGUAACAGCGUAUCUUUGUGACGGAGAAUGUGGCUCACAUCAUCCUCAUUCAUCUAUCUACGAUGUUGGUCACACUUCUUUCGUAGUUACUCCAUAG